UGCCUCAGCCUCCCAAGUAGCUGGGACUACAGAAGGAUAGAGCCACAAGGACAGACAUGCGGAGUGCAACCAAGCCCUGGAGUCCAGCCACCAAAGCAGGGAGCCAUGGCCUGGACCGUGUGCGGCCCCUCCCCGUGGUGUCUGUGGGCAUGAAGAGUUCUAAAUCUUCAACCUCCUUGGCUGUUGCGUCCCAACUCAGCAAGCUCAAGAGGGCCAGCAGUGAGGACAUGCUCAGCAAACCGGGAGGCGCCGCCGUGUCCGGGGUGGUCCGACUGAAAAAGACAGUGACAGCAGGAGCCAUCUCCGAGCUCACUGAGAGCCGCCUGAGGAGUGGCCCAGGAUCUGUUACAACAACCAAACGGACAGGCAUUCCAGCACCACGGGAAUUUUCAGUCACCGUCUCGAGAGAGAGGUCUGUGCCGCAUGGUCUCUCCAACCCCAGGAAACCGGUGUCCAGUCCGACUUCAUCCAGCACCCCCACCCCCACCAAGCACCUGAGGCCCUCUUCCACGAAACCCAGGCAGGAGAAUGAGAGUGGAGAAAAGGCCGUGCUGGAGUCCCAGAUUCGGGAACUUUUGGCAGAAGCCAAAGCGAAAGACAGUGAAAUUAAUAGGCUACGAAGUGAGUUAAAGAAAUGCAAAGAAAAAAGGACUCUGAACAUAGAAGGGGCUGAUGCUUUGGGGCCAAAUGCAGAUGGAACAUCAGUCUCACCAGGGGACACGGAACCUUUACUAAGAGCUCUUGAGGAGAAAAACAAGAACUUCCAGAAAGAGCUUGCUCACCUGGAGGAAGAAAACCAGGCCUUGAAGGAGAAACUGACCUGUCUUGAGCAAUCUCCAAAUUCAGAAGGGGCAGCAAGUCACACCUGUGACAGCAGCUGCCCAACAUCCAUAACUCAAGAGUCAAGCUUCGGAAGCCCUACUGGAAAUCAGUCGUCAAGUGAGAUUGAUGAUUAUAAAAAAGACAUACAUGGAAAUGCAUUACGGACAUCGGGGUCCUCGAGCAGUGACGUCACCAAAGCGUCUUUGUCCCCAGAUGCCUCUGACUUUGAGCACAUUACAGCAGACACCCUCUCAAGGCCCCUGUCCUCCACAAGCAACCCCUUGAAGGGUUCCAAGUGUUCCACCGCUGGCAGUUCCCCAAACAAUGCGAGUGAACUGUCCCUGGCCUCCCUCACGGAGAAGAUACAGAAGAUGGAAGAGAAUCAGCACAGCACUGCAGAAGAGCUGCAGGCCACGCUGCAGGAGCUGUCAGACCAGCAGCAGAUGGUGCAGGAGCUGACGGCCGAGAAUGAGAAACUGGUGGACGAGAAGACAAUUUUAGAGACAUCCUUUCAUCAGCAUCGAGAGAGGGCAGAGCAGCUAAGUCAAGAAAAUGAGAAGCUGAUAAAUCUUUUACAAGAGCGAGUGAAGAUCGAAGAGCCCAGCACUCAGGAAGGGAAACUCCUGGAGCUGGAGCAGAAGUGCGCGGACAUUCUCGAGCAGAGCCGCUUUGAGAGAGAGAAGCUGCUCAACAUCCAGCAGCAGCUGACCUGCAGCUUACGGAAGGUGGAGGAGGAAAACCAGGGCACCUUAGAAAUGAUCAAACGCCUGAAGGAGGAAAAUGAAAAACUGAACGGGUUUCUAGAACUGGAACGGCACAAUAGUAGCGUGAUGGCACAAACACUGGAAGAGUACAGAGUUACCCUGGAAGGGGUGAAGGUAGAGAACGGGUCUUUGAAGGCCCAUUUGGAGGGAGAGAAGCAAAAGGCCUUAGAGACCAGCACCUUGGGACAGACGGCAGAAAGCUGUGAAGUUCAGGAAAUGCUGAGGGUCACUCGAGCUGAGAAGGAGCAACUGGAACUGUCUUGCGCUGAGCUCAGACAAGAAUUACUAAAGGCAAACGGUGAAAUUAAGCGCAUUUCAAGCCUGCUAGCCAAGAUGGAGAAGGAUUAUUCUUACCUGAAGGAGAUAUGUGAUCAUCAAGCAGAACAGCUGAGCAGAACCAGCCUGAAGCUGCAAGAGAAAGCAUCAGAGAGUGAUGCGGAGAUAAAAGACAUGAAAGAAACCAUAUUCGAGUUGGAAGACCAGGUGGAACAGCACCGGGCCGUCAAGCUGCACAAUAAUCAACUCAUCAGUGAGCUCGAGAGUAACGUGAUCAAGCUGGAGGAACAGAAGUCAGACCUGGAGAGACAACUGAAGACCCUGACAAAGCAGAUAAAGGAGGAGACAGAAGAGUGGAGGCGGUUCCAGGCAGACCUGCAGACGGCGGUGGUGGUGGCCAAUGACAUCAAGUGUGAGGCCCAGCAGGAGCUGCGCUCGGUGAAGAGGAGGCUGCUGGAGGAGGAGGAGAAGAACGCGAGGCUGCAGAAGGAGCUGGGGGACGUGCAGGGCCACAGCAGAGCUGUGGAUGAAGAGCCAGAGUCCUCCGAGGUUGAUGCUCCUGGCCGGUGGCACGGUAUCCACGUUAACAGAACGCCUCCGACGCCCUCAGAGUCUGCAGCCACCGUUAAGUCACUUAUCAAGUCAUUUGACUUGGGCCGACCAGGUGGAGCUGGACAGAAUAUUUCUGUUCAUAAGACCCCGAGAAGUCUGCUGAGUGGAAUACCCGUGAGGACGGCCCCAGCCGCUGCUGUCUCUCCAAUGCAGAGGCACUCGACGUACAGCAGUGCACGGCUGGCCGGCAAAGGAGCCACUCAGCGCCUGGAGCUUCCUGACCUUCCCCUCUCAGAUCUUCUAAAGGGAAGGGCUGAGGACCUGAAGCCAGACCCUUACCUCCGGAAGAGCCCCUCACUCGAGUCUCUGAGCAGGCCACCCUCUCUGGGCUUUGGGAACUCAAGACUGCUGAGUGCCUCCACUGGGGGGCUGAAACCACAGAGUAAACUCAGUGUGGAAAGGAGAGACCCUCUGGCAGCCUUGGCCCGGGAGUAUGGCGGCUCCAAGCGCAACGCUCUGCUGAAAUGGUGCCAGAAGAAGACAGAGGGCUACGCGAACAUUGACAUCACCAAUUUCAGCAGCAGCUGGAGUGACGGCCUGGCCUUCUGUGCUCUGCUCCACACCUACCUGCCUGCCCAUAUUCCCUACCAGGAGCUGAACAGUCAGGAGAAGAAGAGGAAUCUCUUGUUGGCAUUUGAAGCUGCUGACAGUGUAGGCAUCAAGCCCAGCCUGGAGCUCAGCGAGAUGCUGUACACGGACCGGCCUGACUGGCAGAGCGUGAUGCAGUACGUGGCCCAGAUCUACAAGUACUUUGAGACAUAA